AUGAUUAUUUCCUUGUGGACCACAUAUAUCAUGGCCCGUAAAGUAGCUGGCUUCCCGCUCCCAGCCUGCAAGACUCAGGAUACUGAAGUGAUGGAGAUGGAGACGGUGUCUGUGCUGGAGCACUGGCUGAGGAAGAUCGAAGAAGAAGCUUCCAAGCUCUUUAAGCAGAAAUUGGAAGGCAAAGCAGAAACCAGGUCAGAAACCAGAUCAGAAAACGGGACAGAAAACAGGAUGGGCCCUGCUGAUACAGGAAUGACCAGGUCACAGAUGGUUCAAGUCUCUAACAGCAGACUGCCGGAGUUGGCGGCAUCUAACCAUUCUCUUUCGGACGGGAGAACAAAGGUCCAGUUCAUACGAUGGAGCCGCACCCAGGUCUAUCGUGUCCAGAGUGACAUGAGAGAGGAAGCCAUGCAAGAGAGGCUGGAUCAAAUCCGGAACAGUGUAUCCCAGCUCAUGAUCCAAGCUAUGCAUGACAACUUGUCAAACACUGACAUCCGGGCCACUCUUUCAAGCUGA